CUUUUUUUGUUUGCUUCUAUUCAGGUCGUUCCGUUCACCCGUGAGUGCAUUUAGUGGGCCACAGUCAGCGGCACGCAGCCUUCCAGGAGAAUGCAGAGAUAGAUCAACCUUCUUUCCAAACCUCCCUAGCCCUAGCUCCAGAUCAGACUCCAGAGCACAGCAAAGUAUCCUCUCCGUCGUACUGUCAACCCCCCCCCCCCCCCCCCCCCAAGCUAACCAACGACAGCUGGUCAGACAUAGCAGCUGUUUGUAGAGCCAGCCCAGGAGAACAUCCGGCAAAGCGAUUGCCUCUGUGCAGUCGUCUGCUGUCGCCAGUAUUGAACUACCGAAAUCUCUGAUAAGUAACCGGGAUCCGGGAAAGAUGUGCACAGCCACGUACACCGCGGCUGAAUGAGUUCAGUGUGAUCGUGGUCAUAGUCAUUCAAACAAUUCUAUGGGAUUGAAUGUUUUUCUCCUAUCUAAACAGCACCUACUUCGGAGUACCAGGCAGCAGGUGACCUGUUGUGUAGCUGAAUUACUGGUCAGUGGUGUCUGGUGGGGUGGCUGACUACAAACUUGUACCCAGAAUCAGCGUUACGACAAACAUGAGCCAGCGUGCAGCAAGCAUGAGCCAGCGUGCGGCAAGCAUGAGCCAGCGUGCGGCAAGCGUGAGCCAGCGUGUUGGACAUGCGGCGGCUAGGGAGAAAAAGGACCAUCCUGACAAAAUGCUCAAAGCCCUGAAUCAAUUACGGCGUCGAAAGUUUGAGGAGUGCGUGGAAACCUGUGGACAAAUCCUGCUGGAUAAUCCGUUUGAUAAGGCGGCGUGGAUACUGAAGAUGCAGGCGCUAACUGCACAAACCUAUGUCGAUGAAGUCGAGGUUGACGAAGUCGGAAUUGCGGAGUUGUUGAUGGAUGACACGGUCACAACGGCCACUGCAAGACCCGGGACGUCAUUUAGAAAUCCCCUAGCACCCAAGACUGGUGCACGGUCGGUUGUACCGGAGACAGCUACUCGGCCAGUAUCUCAGAGUGGACGUCCUGUCACAGGGUUUGCACGCCCGGGAACACAGUCUGGCCGCCCGACGACCAUGGAGCAGGCUGUCAGAACUGCACGUUCAGCUUCCACGGCAAGGCCCGUGACAACGUCGUCGGGAAGAUUUGUUCGCCUGGGCACGGCAUCCAUGAUAUCAGAGAAGGAUGGUCCAUUUGUCAACCCGGCAAAGCUGGACUUGGAGAAGUAUGCCAAGAAGCCGGAACUAGCAAAGCCUCUCUUUGAGUACUUCUUCUACAACAUCAAUGACAUACGUAAUGCAAUGAACCUUGCACAGCUUGUAACCCAGCAGACGGACUUCAAAGAGUGGUGGUGGAAAGCACAACUUGGCAAGUGCUACUUCAGGGUUGGACUGAUCCGCAAGGCCGAGGCGCAGUUCAAAGCGUCACUGAAGGUGCAGGAUAUGAUCGACACCUAUCUGCACCUCGGAAAGGUCUACAUUCGUCUAGAUCAUCCUUUCACUGCAAUUGAAUGCUAUCAGAAGGGGCUGCGCCGCUUUCCCGGCGAGGUGUCCCUGUUGAUUGCUAUUGCACGGGUUCACGAGGGUCUCAAGGACUCAAUCAGUUCAAAGAAUGUGUACCGUGACGUUCUGCAUCAAGACAAUCUGAACGUCGAGGCAUCAGCCUGCCUCGCUACCAACUACUUCUACAGUGAUCAACCAGAGAUGGCGCUGCAGUUUUAUCGGCGACUGGUAUUGAUGGGAGUGAGCAGUACGGAUAUCUACAACAACCUGGCUCUGUGCUGCUUCUACUCGCACAACUAUGAGUCAGCGUUUGCAUGCUUUGAUCGUGCACUGGGAAUGGCUAAUGAUGAGGAGAUGGCGGACGUUUGGUACAAUAUUGGCUGCGUCUGUGUAAGCAUGUGUGCCUUGGAUUUUGCAACCUACGCAUUCAAGUUGUCACUGGCAGCGAAUAGCAACAAUGCGGAGAGCUACAAUAAUCUCGGUGUUCUCUGCAUUCGGCAACGGAAAACGGAUAUGGCGAAACAAAUGUUCUCUACAAGUAUUGACCUCAAUCCGACGCUGUACGAGGCAAACUACAACAAAGCAAGGCUACUGGAAACAUUUGGAGAUUUUGCCGGUAGUUACAGCUGUGCCGAGAAAGCCUUGGAAGGAUUUCCUGACCACUUUGGAUCCAAGUGCUUGCUGGAGAACUUGAAGUCAUUCUUCUCGUACGGUGCCUAGAAGGCUAUGGUUAGCACCAUCGGGAUAAGCUCCAGAAUGAGUAGUGUUGAAUUAGAGAUGUGGAGACUGUUUCUUUGCAUCGGACACUCCCGUCUACCUACCAAUAGUACGAUGCAAUGGAGAAUAGUUGAACUGGCAUCAGUAUACUGUGUCCGAUUCAUGCCGGUUUGGUCCGGGCACUGUCACUCGUCAUGAAGACUGUAAAUAUAAUUAUGAUGUCACAGUAUUGUGUAAUGAUGUCACAGUAUUGUGUAAUGAUGUCACAGUAUUGUGUAAUCUACAUUGUACCAGCAAAGCACUAGGCACCUUGUACUGGUUAGGAUUGUGACUUGAACGGCUGAAAAAUUAUCUAAAAAGUGUUCUAACUCAUAACAACUGCUUCGAUUGGAUCAGUAAGUUACCUACAUGGGUAUUUGUUUUUCGUGACAUUGUAUUGAGGACUCUAUGGAUCUUAUACUGAGGUCGGUGCUCACGCAUGCAGAUGUCAGGACCGCACCUGUGCAGAUAUGCGCCAAUGUCAAGUAUUUUUUUAAUAAAAGAAUCUUGUACUUUGGUUUGCCGUAAUUGAAGAUACUAUCACUUUGCUUCGUGUGAAUAUUAUGACUUACACGUA